CCAGGCUUCGCGUCGGUAAAAAAGCAGAUUGUGGAGUCCCGAGAAGCGAUCGGAUUUGCGUGCGUGCGUGCAGAAAAUGGCACGGCGCAACGUGUGGACGUCGGAGGAAACCCGAGCACUGCUUUCGAUCAUCAAGGAACGAGAUUUGAUCAAAGCGUUCGGUGAGGAGCAAAACAAAAAACUCUACAACCUUGUCCACCACGAAAUGUGCAAACGCGGGUUCCCGGACAAGGGCUCGUUCCAGGUCGAGCACAAGUGGAAGAAUCUGAAGCGGGUUUACUACAAAACGAAACGCGAAGACUACCUAACGGAAUCGUGCGAAUUUUUCGACGAGCUUGACGAAUUGAUGUCAUCGAAACCACCUCCGGUAAAGAAAAUCAAAGAAUCUACCGAGCCGAAACGACCCAGAGCGGUGCUGGAAAACUUUGACAAACUCCUGAGCAAGGUAGCCGUUAUCGAGCGGGAAAACAACGAAGAGUUCUUCCGCAAACAGAAGGAUCUGGUCAACUACGAGUUCGAGCUGUACACGCAAGACGAGCGGCUGUUCGCGAAGAAACUGUCCCAGCUACUCGAGAAGAGCGCCGAAGACUUUUGCAACCGAGCCCAGCGGAUACUGAUCGAGGAAGGUGUGAUCGCGGGAACGUUGCCGGAGAUCGACAUAGAAGAGGAGAAACUGGAGCUGGCGGAAGAAGAAAAAUUGGAUCUGGCGGAAGAGGAGAAACUGGAGCUGGCGGAAGAGGAAAAAUCCGAUGCUGUCGAAGAUAAUGGGGUGCUGAUGGAGGAUGGACCCGCGGACCAAGUCAUUGAACAGCUGGAGGAAGAAACUGUCGAUACCGUUGAUGAGGUCGUGGAAGAGGACGCGGAGGACGUGGCAGCGUACGAGAAGAAGGAAAUUGUGAAAGAGUUCUAUCAGACCUGGAAAGAAGAGGAGCCGUUUUGAAGCGUAUCGCCCAUGAAACUUUGAAACCUGAAACCCUUAUGUGAAACUUCGUACGUUUGUCGCGAAAUAAAUUACGCCAAUUAGAUCG